GGCUACAACUAAAAGUCUUUUUAAAAUAAAUAUUGGUUAAAACAAGUAUGACAUGACCUUAUAUUUAGACUACUUAAAAGUAGCCUAGGCCUAUUCAACAAAAUUAAAUCAACUAUUUGCCACAUGUUAAAAGUGAUAAUUUUAGCACUUGUCAGCAGCAGUACAGAGAACAGAGGGGUGAGACAACAAACAACAUUGAUUAAUCUGACUGAAAACGACUGCAGUCAGCGACAAAUGCGACUGAACGGGCAGGUGACAACAUCGAUGUAGCCAAUUCAGAAGAAUACAUUAUGUCGGGUAAUUUUAUUUAGUCAUGGGACAAGCCUGUCAGUGUGUUGUCGUUUUUACGCUCAGGCAUGAGUUCAACAGGUGGCGUGUCCACUUUUAGAAACAAGCUGCUGGGAUCACGACUAGUGUGCUUUCCUCUAUGAAAGACGCAUGAAAGGAUUCAGAACGGAACACAUUUGUUGGUGAUGACAGACACCCGUUUUCCUUGGAUAAAUUUAGGCUAAAUAUAGAUCACAAUGGCUGUGUUCAAGCAGCAGCAGGUUGAGAAUUUCUAUGAGAUUGGAGAGGAACUUGGAAGUUCAUGUGUCUUUCAGUGGGCAGUUUGCAAUUGUUAAGCAGUGUCGUGAAAAGUGCUCAGGCCGGGAUUUUGCAGCUAAGUUCAUAAAGAAACGCCAGAGUAAUGCCAGCCGGCGAGGUGUGCUCCGAGAAGAGAUUGAGCGAGAGGUCAACAUCCUACAGCAGAUACAACAUCCCAAUAUUGUUAUGCUACAUGAUGUGUUUGAGAACAAGACAGAUGUGGUGCUGAUUUUGGAGCUGGUGUCUGGAGGAGAGCUUUUCGACUUUCUGGCACAGAAAGAGUCUUUAAGUGAGGAAGAAGCCACACAGUUUAUCAAGCAGAUUCUAGAGGGCGUCCACUAUUUACACACAGGGAAUAUUGCUCAUUUUGACUUGAAGCCUGAAAACAUCAUGCUUCUGGAUAAGAACGCCCCACUUCCCCGGAUCAAACUCAUUGAUUUUGGCUUGGCCCACAAGAUUGCUGAAGGGGUUGAAUUUAAAAACAUCUUUGGAACACCAGAGUUUGUUGCUCCAGAAAUUGUUAAUUAUGAACCACUGGGACUGGAAGCAGAUAUGUGGAGUGUUGGUGUUAUUACAUAUAUUCUGUUGAGCGGGGCGUCUCCUUUCCUAGGAGAAACGAAGCAAGACACCCUGGGAAACAUCUCAGCCAUGAACUAUGAGUUUGAUGAUGAAUUCUUUGGCCACACCAGUGAGCUUGCCAAGAACUUUAUAAGACAACUGCUGGAAAAAGACACCAAAAAGAGACUUACAAUUCAAGAUGCCUUGAACCACCCUUGGAUCAAGUCUAAUGAGCAUAAGGACGAGCGCAGUAAAGCACCAGAGAGGAAGAGAGAGCGUAGGCAGCUGAAGACGAAGCGUCUUAAAGAGUACACCAUCAAGUCCCACUCCAGCAUGCCUCCUAAUAACACCUACAUCAACUUUGAACGCUUCGCACAGGUGGAGGAGGACGUGUCAGCAAUGGAGGGCACUUUCUGCCAGCUGGCGUCGGCCCACGACUCCUUGCAGGAGGACAUUGAUGCGCUAGUGUCCAUUUACAAUGAGAAGGAGAUGUGGUACAAAGAAGAAAGCGAAAGCAUCAGACACGAGUUGUCCCAGCUUCGUUAUGAGUUUCGUAAAGUCGAAGCCCAGAGACGGGGUGUUCACGAAGACAUGAGGAGCGUGGAUGGCAGCGUUAGCCGAGUGAGCGAGCGAUACAAGGAGAGGCAGACACGUUUUGAGGCUCUGCAGAAGGAGCUCUGUGCUGAGCUGCAGUGGGUACAGGAAGUGGUGGGUUCAUUCCAGGUUACCUUCCCGAACUGUAGCUUUAGCAGCGUGUUUAAUACCGAUGUCAAUGAAGCACUGAAAGAGUUGCUGAAUAGGUCCUGUGGAGGAGACCUGCUGACCGGCAGCAACCUGGACCAGCAGAGAUGACAUAUUAAUAACCCACCAUCCACUGAUCACACAUCGUUAUAUAAACACUGGCGAGAUGCUGAAGAUACUGCGCUGGGACAUAUAGAUCUGAAUAAAAGCAGGUAUGGUCAGUCAGAGAGAGGCAUGCAUAAACAAGUAUACAUAUCGGAAGGACAUUACAUGUAGUCACGCAACGCUGACGUUGUUAACAUUAAAUUUGAGAACAAAGUUUAAUUUGCACAGUUUUUGCGUGAUAUAACUUAUGAACAAUUGUUAGAUUUAAUCAGCGCGAUUUACUGCAAUGUCAGAACCAGAUCAAAAGUGAAUGUUUCGUACUAAUUCAAAUGACAUAUUCCGGUGAAUAUUAUUAUUAUGUUGGUCUUCAUUCCAAAAAGAAUUAGUCUGUGAUUCUGAAUGCCAGUAUCCUCACCAGAGCAGCGACUGACAGCUGCACACUCUCCUCAAACAUUGUGUUCAUCCGCGCUGUGCCGUGUCGAGGGUGUUGAAGUACAACUCACGUAAAGUUGAUAAUUCCGCGAACGACUGCAAUUGGAAAUUUCGAAAAGAGAUGGUGACAAAGAGGAAAACCUGCAGACUGCAGCUUUAAAUUUUAGAAAACUGAAUAAGGGAAAUAGUCAAGAAAAAAAAAAAAUUCAUACUUUUCCAGACCUGGAAAUUAAAUAUAAUACUUUUCCAAACUGCAUAGGAAACCUGUUAAUAUAUUACUUUAGUUGAGAUUAUGUUAGUAUGACUGUCUAUAUCUUUAAACUGUUAACCAUAGCCUAAAUAAUCAGAACAGACGCAAUAGUUGUAUAUAGCUCAGUGCCGAGUACCAUAUCUAGACAUGGGAUCUCUAUAUUCCACCUCUGCUGACGUGAUAAUCAUGUUCAUGGCCAAUGAGAAGAGUGGAGCCACUGUGAUUGUACAGCCAGUGAUUAUGCCCUUCUCCAACUGAUGCCAGGCAGAUGUUAAUGACCCCGAGGAGACUCUCAACCUGAAGACUCUAUAAUAGUAUAUAACACCAUUCAUAUAAUGAUUGUGAUAUAUAAUUUAAGAUUACUGCUAUUAAGUCAGGGGGGAAAUGGUGCCACAAAUUGAAUUAGUCUUUUUUUUCCUCUAUUAAAAAUAACAAAUAGACCUUUUUUAUUUGUAAGUUGUAAAAUCAUAAAGCAAAAUGUUAUGUAUUAGGCGUAUUUAAAAAUCAUGGUUCUUCCUUUCUUUAUGUAAAUUUGUUCAGGUUGAUUUACACAGAACAUGAUGUCCACCUUUGGUUAUUUGUUUUCCAGUUGCGAUGAAAUAAGAUUGAAAUGGCAAGUGAAACAAGCUUAUUUGAUUAAACCCUACUAAUUUAUUGAACAG